AUGGCAGUGUUCAGAAAGUUAAAACUUCUUCUCUGGAAGAAUUUCGUCUUAAAGUCUUUGCCUUCACACCAACAACUCACUGAUGGGAUUUUUCUCUUUGUAGUUAUAGGCUAUCCUUCAGUGCCUUUGUUUGAACGUUACAUAAUUGAUGAUGAAAAAGCUUACUACAUGUUGGCUGGAAUUGUUUUUGACCACAGCUUCAAUGACAGCAGUGGAUCUUUGCCUCUUGCGGUUAAGUAUAGUUUGCGCUUCAGUUACAUUCAGAAGAAUUUUUUCCUGGAGAAGAUUAUAUUUUUUGAAGAUGACGUGUAUGGCUGGUGCACAUCCUUUCUUUACCCUCCCAAUCCACGCCAAGAACCCCGGGAAUUUGCAUUUUCUGAUGGGAGAAGUCCUGGAUACAACAAAGAAGGCUUCCUGGCCACACAGCAUGCUGUGGAUAAAGCCAUUAUGUGGCACCAUGCUCGCAAUGUGACGACCAACAUGUUUGAGAGUCUCAAAGUACUUGUGAAGAGAUUCCCACAUGGACCCUAUAUCUAUGACAGGUUCUUCCUAGUCCUUCAGAAUGAGUUUUCUCUGUUCCUCAUGCUCAGCUUCAUCUGUAUUGAGCUCAUCAUCAUCAAUUCCAUUGUACUGGAGAAAGAGAAAAGACUGAAGGAGUACAUGUGCAUGAUGGGACUGGAAAGCUGGUUACACUGGUUUGCUUGGUUCAUCACAUUCUUCAUUUCUGUCUUCAUUGCAGUUUCUUUCAUGACCAUUCUCUUCUGCACAGAGGUGAAAAAUGUGGCAGUGUUCAAGAAUAGUGACCCUAGUCUGAUAUUUGUUUUUCUAAUGUGUUUUGCCAUUGCCACAAUUUUCUUUGCAUUCAUGAUCAGCACAUUCUUCCAAAGAGCCCAUGCCGGAACUGCUGUAGGAGGCGUCAUCUUCUUCUUCACUUACCUCCCAUACCCAUACCUCAUGUUCAGCUACAUCCAGAGAAGCUACUUCCAAAAGAUUGCCUGUUGCCUGUUCUCAAAUGUUGCCAUGGCACUGGGAGUCCGAUUCAUUGCUAUAUUUGAGGAAAGAGGCACAGGCAUCCAAUGGAGGAAUAUGGGCAGUGUACGUGGAGAGUUUAACUUCACUCAGGUGCUGCUGCUGCUGCUGCUGGACUCUUUCUUAUACUGCUUAAUAGCCUGGUAUGUGGAGUCCAUCUUUCCAGGGAAGUAUGGUAUACCCAAGCCUUGGUACUUCUUUGCUCUGCCCUCCUACUGGCAUGGAAAGCCUGUACUUGUUACCCAAUCACUGCUGGACAUGAGGGGUCCUGUAAAAGCUCCAAACAGUGAGUUCAUUCAGGAAGAGCCUACAGAUUUGAUCAAAGGAAUUGAAAUUCAGCAUCUGUACAAGGUAUAUCACAGAGGAGGGACUAAACACAUAGCAGUUAACUGUCUGACCAUGAACAUGUACAGAGGGCAGAUCACUGUUCUUCUGGGACACAACGGAGCAGGAAAAACCACCACUUGCUUCAUGCUCACAGGUCUUAUUCCCUCUACAAGUGGCUGGGCAUAUGUCAAUGGAUAUGAAAUCUCAGAAGACAUAUUUCACAUUAGGAAGAGCCUGGGCUGGUGCCCCCAACAUGAUAUCUUAUUUGAUAACUUAACAGUAGCAGAACAUCUUUCUUUCUAUGGUCAGGUGAAGGGCCUGUCGCGCCAGAAAUGCCCUGAAGAAGUCAAGGAGAUGCUGCGAAUCGUUGGCCUGGAGGACAAGCAGAACUCCCUGAGCCGCUUCCUGAGCGGGGGCAUGAGGCGCAAGCUCUCCAUCGGCAUCGCGCUCAUCGCAGGCUCCAAGGUGCUGAUACUGGACGAGCCCACUUCGGGCAUGGACGCCAUCUCCAGGAGGGCCAUCUGGGACCUUCUUCAGCAGCAGAAACGUGACCGCACCAUCGUGCUGACCACCCACUUCAUGGACGAGGCUGACCUGCUGGGAGAUCGCAUCGCCAUCAUGGCCAAGGGGGAGCUGCAGUGCUGCGGGUCCCCGCUGUUCCUCAAGCAGAAAUACGGUGCAGGAUAUUAUAUGACUUUACUGAAAAAACCUCAUUGUGAUGCAGAGAACAUCUCUCGUCUGAUUUAUCAUCACAUACCAAAUGCAGUUUUGGCAUCCAGCAUUGGAGAGGAAUUGACAUUCAUACUUCCUAAAGACAGUGUGCAGAGGUUUGAAUCUCUAUUUACUGACUUGGAACUGAGGCAGGUAGAGCUGGGCAUCUCCAGCUUUGGGGUGUCUGUCACCACCAUGGAGGAUGUCUUCAUAAGGGUUUGUAUGUUGGCAGAUGCCAGUACAGCUGUCAUCCCAAACAUCAGACGUCCCUCUAUCCAUCCCCAGCCCCUGCUUAGCAGAAUUCCUGUUGACAGAAUUAAACAACUUCAUUCAAGGAUCUUCUCAGUGCAGACUGGGCUGCCAAUCACACCAAACACUGGGUUCAGUCUUCUCUGCCAACAAUUUUAUGCCAUGCUCCUGAAAAAGGCCACAUAUUCUUGGCGCAACUGGAUGUUGAUGUUAUCAAUACAGAUCGUGGUCCCUCUGGUGAUCACCAUGUUAAGCCUCAUGUUCUUCAACUUCAAAGAAAGAAUCACGGAAAAUGUCCCAUUGGAGCUGACUCUGAAAACAUAUGGUCAGACCAUUGUUCCUUUCUUUAUUUCUCAGAAUUCCAGGCUGGAUCCUCAACUUUCAGAACGCUUUGCAAAUAUGCUUACGGCUGAGGGACAGAUUCCUCUGGAGGUUCUGGGUUCUGUAGAAGAGUUCCUAUUGAAAAAAUCAAAAGAGGAACCUGGGGACUUUGAUAAGCUCUACUUAGUGGCAGCUUCCUUUGAAGACGUGGGAAAUCACACCAUAGUGACAGCGCUGUUCAACAACCAGGCAUACCAUGCUUCUGCCCUGGCUCUGGCACUGGUGGACAAUUUUCUCUUCAAGUUGCUUUCUGGUGCCAGGGCUUCCAUUACCGUAUCCAACCACCCUCAACCUCCGACAUUUGUGAAGGAGGAGGAGAAUUUGUGGUAUCAGGGCCCUAAAGGACAUUACCUUGUUAUCAACUUGCUUUUUGGAUUAGCUUUCCUGUCUAGCUCUUUUUCCAUGUUGACAGUUAGAGAGAGGCUCGUUAAGGCCAAGCAUGUCCAGUUUAUCAGUGGAGCUUAUGUGGCCAUUUUCUGGCUCUCCGCUCUGCUGUGGGACCUCAUCUCCUUCCUCAUCCCCAGUCUGCUGCUGUUGGUGGUGUUUUUAUACUAUCGUGAGGAAGCUUAUACACACAAUGAAAAUGUCCUGGCUGUUAUCCUGCUGUUAAUGCUCUAUGGCUCCUCUAUCAUCCCCUUCGUCUACUUGGUCAGCUUCUCUUUCAAUAACGUGGGCAACACCUGUGUCAAGCUGAUCAUCAUGCUCACCUUCCUCAGCAUCUGCCCCUUCAUCCUUGUCUCAGUCACAGGUGAACAAGAUCUAGGCUACGUAACAAUCUCAGAAUCCUUGGAUAAUACAUUCCUAAUAUUUCCAGGCCACUGCCUGGGAAUGGCUUUCUCCAACUUAUAUUACAACUUUGGACUACAGAGGUUGUGCAGUAUCAAGAACCUGAGCGAGACUAAAUGCAAUGACAUUGGUGAGUAUUACGAACUUUUGUUGCUCACGGACCAGGAGAUUCCCAGCGGAGAAGCCCCACGGGUCGCCAGUGCGACUCUUGUGGCCGGCGCGGCAGUUCUCGGUGCAGAGAAUUCACCUACUGUAUGUAAAGGUGAGGAAUUGCCUUGUAGCCUGAAGAUCACCCAGAUUUUAAUAAUGUCUAUUUAUCCUAUUUUAGGAAGCGGGUAUGUGAUCCAAAAGAACAUCUAUGCGUGGGAGUCGCUAGGUAUGGGGAAGUACCUCAUGGCUCUGGCUAUAUCAGGACCUGUGUACAUCAUCCUGCUUUUCUUUGUUGAAACCAAUAUGUUCCAGAAACUGAAAACCAGGGUGUGUGACUUCUGCAUGAGGCAAAAUUUGGCAGUGUUGCACAAAGUAGCAUUAGUGCCUGAAGACCAAGAUGUGGAAGAAGAGGCAAAAAAUAUCCGGACUUAUUUGGAAAAUUUGUGUCAGAAAAAUCCACUAGUUGUUAAAGAAAUAUCAAAGAUCUACGUCCAGAAGGUACCCCUGCUGGCUGUGAACAAAGUGUCCUUCACUGUGCCACCACAAGAAUGCUUUGGCCUGCUUGGCAUCAAUGGGGCUGGGAAGUCUUCCAUUUUCAAAAUGCUGACUGGGCAGAAGCCCAUAACCUCUGGGGACGGCUUUGUCAAGGGCCUCAGCAUCGGCUCUGACAUAGGGAAGGUACGGCGGUGGAUUGGUUACUGUCCUCAGUUUGAUGCUCUGCUGAACUUCAUGACAGGCCGCGAGAUGCUGGUCAUGUAUGCCCGGAUCCGGGGCAUCCCAGAGCGCCACAUCUGUGCUUGUGUGGACCAGAUUAUUGAGGACUUAGUCAUGUACAUGCAUGCUGACAAGCUGGUCAAGACCUACAGUGGUGGUAACAAGCGCAAGCUGAGCACUGGCAUCGCCCUGAUUGGACAGCCUGCUGUCAUCUUCCUGGACGAGCCAUCCACUGGCAUGGACCCCGUGGCCCGACGCCUGCUCUGGAAUGCGGUGGCACGAGCCCGCGAGUCCGGCAAGGCCAUCGUCAUCACCUCCCACAGCAUGGAGGAGUGUGAGGCCCUGUGCACCCGGCUGGCCAUCAUGGUGCAGGGGCAGUUCAAGUGCCUGGGCAGCCCCCAGCACCUCAAAAGCAAGUUUGGCAGCGGCUACUCCCUGCGGGCCAAGAUCCGGAGCGAAGGGCAGCAGGAGGCGCUGGAGGAGUUCAAGGCCUUCGUGGACCUGACCUUUCCAGGCAGCGUCCUGGAAGAUGAGCACCAAGGCAUGGUCCAUUACCACCUGAUGGGCCAAAACCUCAGCUGGGCAAAGGUGAGUGCAUAUCUUUGACAUGACCCACUUUCUGGGGUAACUCUGUCACCCUCUCUCACCCUUUCUCUCCUCCCCAUCGCCCUGAAGUCAUGUUCAGUGCUGCCGCUGUCCUGCCAUCUCCAUGGCAAUGUUCACGUGAUUUCGUAGAACAGAAGGUGUUUCAGCUGGAAGGGACUUUGGAGAUCAGGUCCUCCUGUCCCCUCAUUUGACAGAGAGGAGAGCAGGCCCAGAGAGGAAACACCACAUGCCCAGGGACACACAGCAAGCCAGGGACCCUGCCAGGCCUCUGCCCUUCUGGCACCAUUCCCACCCAAGAGUGCGGGCAGUGGAGAUCCAUAGCACUGACUUCUUGGGAAGUGUUCUGGAACAGCCGAGAGAGGGAUGGGCCUCUUGGGGGCCUUGUCACAGUCCCAGAGGCCAGCCCUUCCAUCCUGUCCUCCCCUGUGUGCGUCUGUGGGACAGCCUGGCCACAGCAGCCUCCUCCCUCCUCUCAGGUGUUUGGCACUCUGGAGCAAGCCAAGAAGAAGUACAUGCUGGAUGACUACGCAGUCAGUCAGGUCACCCUGGAGGACAUUUUCCUGAGCUUUGCCCGCCCUGUGCCCCUGGUCCAAAGUGAAGGCCGACGAGAGCAGGCAGAGCACGAGGGCCCCUCAUCGUGCCCGCUGCCUCCCUCAGAGCCUGUCCUGCUAUAAUAAAGACAUCCCAGUGCCA